CUGCGUUAAACUCAAGAUCUCAACCAAACUUACGAAUACAUAAUCACUUAAACCUAUCAAAAGAAAUGAACAACGAUGAAGAGUUUCUUCGGCUAUGGUUGGAGAGAGUGAACUCGCUGGCUGAUCCCGAGGCCCAUAGUAACGUGCGUAGGAUCAACAACGAAGGAGGUGAAGAAAAUGCAAGGCAAAAGAGGCCAGCUGAGUCAAAGAGUGACGGAAAGAAGAGUCGAGUUAAGAGACAGUGCGCGACUAAAUCUUCAGAAAAAUCUCCUGAUGAGUUGUUGGCGAAAGAGAUGAAGCGAGAACUUAUAAGAACCAAAAUUGAAGAACUUAAGGCAGUAACACCCAAUUGCCCACAGACGGAUAUCAACGGCAUCCUUGAUUGUACUAUCGAGUACGUGAGGCACUUGCAGCUUGCAAUUCUUUUUAUUGCAUUACAUGAAUACGUACGAAACAAUAAGAUGUGAGACUGGAGACCGUUUACUCAAGCUGGCGCUGUUUUGAUACUCUUCAAGAGUUUCUAUUAUGUUGUUCUUAUUAUCCCAGAUGUUGUUCUUUAUGUGUUUGUUAGUUAGAAUAAAGUGGUAUUGUAUGUUUUUGGUUUAAUGGUACGUGUUUUGUUGUAAUACGAUACCAUCUUUAAAUUGCGUUCAGAACUUAAGGAUCUUGCCUAAGAUAUGAUCUGAUCACUACGCCCA